AUGGACAUGAUGACCUUUACCAUCGGCACACUUGUCCUCAUCUACCUGGGAACGCUCUUUGGAAAUCUGCUGGUAAUUGUGGUCAUAAUCAUAAAUCCUCAUCUCCGCAACCCCAUGUUUUUCUACAUUUUCUACCUAGCGGUGAUUGAUGUGGUGAACAGCAGCAACCUCAUCCCUCCAAUGCUGACUGUCCUGUUGUCCAGAUCCACCACAGUCCCUUAUGGGCCCUGUUUGCUUCAGCUGUCAGUGGUGCACCAUCUUGGGAUUACGGAAGGCCUUCUGUUAUCUGUUAUGGCAUGUGAUCGUUAUGUAGCUGUUGUGUACCCCCUGAGAUAUCCUUCCCUGGUUACAAAUAAGACGGCGGGUCUCAGCAUCUUACUAGUGAAUGUUCUCGCUGCUGCCACCCUCAUCCCCUACAUGUAUUUUUCGGCAGAGCUUUCAUUUUGCCGCACUAACGUCCUGCCUUACUGUUUCUGUGAUUUUGUUACUAUGGUUCAAAUCUCUUGUACUAAGGACCCCAAGUACCUUACUCUCCUGUCCAGCACCACAAUGAUCACUAGCGUAGGAGGUUUAGGAAUUUGUCUUUUAUCUUAUGUCAGAAUUGUGGUGGCUGCCCUGAAGAUCUCUUCAGUAGAUGGGAAGAGGAAAGCUUUCAGCACGAUGUUCACCCACCUUCUGGUCGUCAGUCUCUUCUAUGUGCCACGGAUGAUUUCUUAUAUAUUGCCAGGAUUUGGAGUGCAGAUCUCUGCUGAAGCUUACAAUGUGCUGGUCAUCAUAGCCAUUCUGGUGCCCCCCAUGUUGAAUCCUAUCAUCUACAGCUUCAGGAACAAGGAGAUCAAAAGCAGCAUUUACAGGAUGUGGACAGGGAAGAGAGUAAACCCCGACAGCCAUUAA